AUAUUCUCUUUGGUGAUAACACCGGCGAUUUGUGUGAACAAUCGAACUGCUAAUAAUAUGAUUAAAAUUGUAAGUAAUUUAUAAAAAACAACAGAGGAUAGAAACAAUCUAUAAAGUUUGUGACUUUUGACCUUAUAGAUAUCAACGUCGCUCCUACUUAUUAUCAGUGUUAUCAACGCCGCCUGUGGUUGUCUGAUUUAUCCAGUUUUAUCAUUGUUAUACAUAUACAUCUGAGAUCGCUCAGCUGCCGAAGUUUAAUAAUUUUAUUAUGGAAUUAACAUUUUCUAAAAUGACAGUGGACACGAAUCUUGCACAGGAAUAUGUCAAAAGGAAUAAAGCUCUGUCAGAGUUAUAUAAUGAUUAUGAGGGCAAUGUUAAGAAAAGUCCCUCUAGAUAUGAAGGAGUUUUUGUAGAAAGCUCCAAUUCUAACGACAGAGAUAAAAUACAAAAUAUUAUGUGGAACUUGGCUAUAAACUUGAAACAGAGCAGUGACCUGAUAGUACAACUGGAAUAUCACUUCAGAAAAAUUCCAGUAGAAGACACCAAGGCACAAUUAAAUGUCCUCAUACAGUACAUCAACAGCUAUCCAGCAUGGACAGAUAAGUUUUUGUCAUGUAUUGAAGACUUUUUGUUUCGUGAUCAUCUUCUUGUAUUGACACAUGUGGUGUUAAUGAUGGUACGUAAUGACAAGAUCACUGUAUACACAUCUACCAAGGAGCCCGUGGCAAUCUGUCACCUGUUUGUAACUCUAUGCCGUGAAGCUGGAUACCAGACUAUACAGUUAGAUUGUCGAAAUGAUGGCUUCACGACAAACAGAGAAGAUAUCAAGCACGGUACUGUGGCCGUUGUCUCCGAGGAUGCCGAUGUCGACUCUGCAGUUGAUAAGUUUCUCUCGUCGGCCAAACAGGUGCCCUGGUACUUGCGCAGGAUUCUGGUACAAGAGAGUGUUUACAAGCAAUUUAAGGAAGCACUCAACUGGAAAUGUUCUUUGAAACAAAACGUAAAGAACCCUGUUCCACCCAGCGCAUUGUGUUCACAAGUUCUCACCUAUGAAGGACGAACGUUCUUCGUAGACCCUGUGGAGGUUGUGGAGGAGGAGCAGUCGGUCAUCACUGUCGAAGCUUACAGGACAACAAAAGAAAUGAUAUCGAUGCUACAACAAGACAAUCCUCACUACUUGUCAUUAUGGAUAAAUGGAAUAGAACAAAUUAAUGAAGUGACUCAGAGUACGAACUCAGCUGCCGUGUGGGUGAACAACAUCGGCGACAUCAGAGGACCCCCAACCGUAGCAAAAGCGCUCUAUCCCUCAUCUCCAAAUAUUAAUAAAGAAUAUUACUAUAGAAGAUUCGACGACAAAAACGAUAAGAUCAUCAAGCUUGUCAAGCUCUCUCAGUCGUGGUCGAAACUUGAUAUUGAACGUCGUCGCGAUAUUCUUAUCAAUGUACUAGGAAAAUAUAUAUCAUCUGACUCCCAAGACAACGACUUUAAUGGCGUAAGGAAUUCACUUAUGAACUUCACAAACGAAUCUUUUGUGCAAGCUGGAAAAGAUUAUACUUGUACUGGAGUGUGGAAACCUGUAGGCUUCAUUCCAAUCUCAAAACCCCUGCUGUCUUUAAGUCUAGCAGUUCAUUUAAUCUUACAAGGUAAUGCGUUAGUUUUGUACGGACUUUCAACUCCAGCAGAAGCCCCGUACGUCGAACUAUUUGAAGCAGCAGGAGUGCCUGUUGUUAUUGCUCAAUGUAGUUCCACUGGAAAAUUCCAAGCAAAAAUUUAUCUUUCAGGCGGGGAAACUCAAACCCUGCGAGUCAUUUGGACAAACUCUGGAACAAUUUUCGCCAACUAAUUUUACCUAUUCGUACAUUUAAAAUAAUAAAUAAGUAAAUAGUGUUUAAGCAUCUUAUACAUUUCGUUAACUAUAUUUACAAGUUUAUACAAAAUAUUAUAUUUUUUACGUUUCUGUUUUAUUACA